CUGUCUCUCCGCAGUCAGUUGUCAUCAACUGCCAGUCUAACGGUAACUGACGAACUACGGCCACAUAUUUGGACCUUAAAGUUACUUAAAAAGUGUCAUAUCUAGCAUUGUUUCCUGGGGACAGCGUUGGCUAACAACAGGAACAUGGUUCUGGAACUGGAAGACGAAGUUGUGCCUGAUGACCUGAGUCCAGAGGAGCGACAGGAGCUGGAGAGCAUCCGCCGCAGAAAACAAGAGCUGCUGCAGGACAUACAGAGGCUAAAGGAUGAGAUAGCAGAGGUGACCAGCGAGAUUGAAAGCCUGGGCCUGACUGAAGAGAGGAAAAGCAUGCAAAGGAAUAGACAGAUGGCCAUGGGCCGAAAAAAGUUCAACAUGGAUCCUGCAAAGGGGAUUCGCUUCUUGAUCGACUGCUCGCUGCUGAAAAACACCAGUGAAGACAUUGCCCAGUUUCUGUAUAAAGGGGAGGGGCUUAACAAAACUGCCAUUGGUGACUACCUGGGUGAAAGAGAUGAAUUCAACAUCAAGGUUCUGCAAGCCUUCCUGGAGCUGCACGAGUUCACAGACUUGAACCUGGUUCAGGCUCUCAGGCAGUUUCUGUGGAGCUUCCGGCUGCCCGGCGAGGCCCAGAAGAUCGACCGCAUGAUGGAGGCGUUCGCCCAACGAUACUGUCACUGCAACCCCGGAGUGUUUCAGAGCACUGAUACCUGUUACGUGCUGUCAUUUGCUGUGAUCAUGCUGAACACCAGUCUACACAACCCCAACGUGAAGGACAAACCCUCCGUUCAGAGAUUCACUGCGAUGAACAGAGGAAUCAAUGAUGGAGGAGACUUGCCAGAGGACCUGCUCAGGAACCUGUACGACAGCAUCAAGAAUGAACCCUUUAAGAUCCCAGAGGAUGAUGGGAAUGACCUCACACACACCUUCUUCAACCCUGACAGAGAAGGAUGGCUGCUGAAGCUCGGUGGGCGAGUGAAGACCUGGAAGAGGCGCUGGUUUAUUCUCACUGAUAACUGCCUUUACUACUUUGAAUACACCACUGACAAAGAACCUAGAGGGAUUAUUCCACUGGAAAAUCUGAGCAUCAGAGAAGUCGAGGACUCCAAGAAGCCGAACUGCUUCGAGCUCUUCAUCCCCAACCACAAAGAUCAGGUCAUCAAAGCCUGCAAGACGGAGGCAGACGGCCGCGUUGUCGAGGGAAACCACACUUUCUACAGAAUCUCCGCCCCGACCGCGGAGGAGAAGGACGAAUGGAUCAAAAGCAUCAAAGCUGCCAUCAGCAAAGACCCGUUCUACGAGAUGUUGGCUGCGCGGAAGAAGAAGGUCUCCUCCCUGAAGGGGCUGUAGAGCUGCUGAGGAUGAAACAAGCACAGGCCUGUUCAAGGUGGACCUGAUGUUCCUGCUGCAGACCUGGACGUGACAGAAGUCCCCUUCUAAAGUGGCUCCUUUUGUUCCCUUUUCAACUGACACCUACAAUUCCUUCAGCUCCUUUCUUUACAGGUUUGACAUCCUACUGACACUUAUUUCCAAUCUGCAAGUGAACUUUUUCAGACAGAAACUGCUCUGUUUCCUCAAACGUCACCUUUUAGAAGUCCUGCUUCUGCAGCACUUUAACAGUGCCGUUGUGCCCUCCGGUUAGCUCUCCCACUCAUCGGAAAACCUGCCGUAAGGACUGUUGAAAAGCAUCUGAAUGACCUCCAAGCCUUUUCACACAAUCAGUGUUUGGUCUGCUUUUGUACAUCAAGUCCCUGCAGCUGCUGAAAACAGCGAGAGUGCGAGCGGGGAAUGUUUUCGGUUCACAUCUCCAGAGGGGUGAACUAUGAAGCGAGGUUAAUGGCUUAGCGAUGUAUUCCGAGGCUGAAGUUUUAGUUUAAAAUUGGCAGGAAAAGGCAGCGAAGUGACAGAUUUCUCCAUUGAUUUGGAAGGGGUACAAAUUUUACAGUUCAUACUUUGUCGCUUCAGUUUUAUUUUUUUUCUGUCAUCUAGUGAAGAACAACCAUAAGCAUUUCAGAAGUUUGAAAGUGUCAGUAUUUACAGUGUUGAUCCUUCUUUUUAACUUCUGCAGUUCUGUGGCAUCAGCUUCAGGUCUAAAUCCUGACUGAUGGUGAUCCAUUCCUGCCUGAUCAAUACUCAGAAUUGAUCAGUGUUCCUGGGAUUCUGCUUGUCCACCUGAUUUUUAAGGAUUAAUCAUAGAUUUUUCCAUGGGAUUAAGAUCUGUGGAUUUUCAUGCUUAUGAAUCCAAAAUGCUAAUCUGAUAAUCAUUACAGCACUGUGGUGUGAUCCACCAUCAUGCUGGAAAUGCUGUUUGCCACCAGAUUGCUCCUAAAUUGUUGGAAGGAGAAUGUUUUUAGUUUUGUCAGUACAGUAAAUACUGGCUCUUUGUGUCAGAAAAAUCCAAGCAUCCAUCUUCUGCUUAUCCAGCUGAGGGCUGCGGUGGGGCUGGAGGCUAUUCCUGCUGUCACUGACCAAGAGCCGGGGUACACCCUGGACAGGCUGCCAGUCGAUUCAUGCUCACAUUCACAACUACAGCAGGUGGAUGUGAACCCAGGACCUUCAAUGCUGUGCGGUGACAGUGCUAACCCCUGCACCACCCCCAUUUAAAAAAAAAAAAAAAAAAAGCCCCUAAAGUGCCAAAAAGUAUGAAACUAAAUUUGUGCCGCUCCCAAAAUGCACAAACAUUUUUCUGUUUAGUCCUGACUUCCUGCAUUAAUCUGGAAUUUCAGCAAAUCAAACACUGAAUAGACAAUGAUCAGUGUAUUUAUUACAGAUGUGAGUAAAAGGUAUUAUUCACAACUUGAGUUUAAAGUUUAAAUGGAUCAAAUUUAAAGGUUCAGAGCUGUAAUGUGUAGAUAUCACACAGGAAAGAAACACAGUAAUAAAGCUGGUCACUGCUGUGGUGUCCGUUAGUGCACCCCUCUGGACUGAAAUGUUUCAAGACAAAAUAAAUGACUCCUUACUUAAAAAUCACCGUUCAGCACCAAUGAAGACUCAAUUCAGGACUCAGCUGGGACUCUGAACAGCAUUUAGUUUGUUGCCAAAUGUAACUUUUUUUUUCUAAACCAGUUUUCUUACUGCUGUUGAUCUUUCGUCGGUCAAUGAAAAUGAAGGUAAAACAUAGCUGAAUAUUUAUUUAU